AUGGAUAGGACUGUUCCGAUGAAACGGGCCUACACAAUUGUUCGCAACCCAGAGAUGAGAAAGAUUCAACGAAGCAGAAUCAAAACCUCCUUCUGCUUUGGAUGUGGCACCAAUGUUCUGAAAGUCAUGGAGGAAUCAGUCCGUGUCUGGAGCUUUGUGGCAGUUGCUCUCUGUUUCUCCUUUCUGAAUUUGGUCUGCGCUUUGGUGGACCCUGAUGAUGUUCUAACCAAAGAAGAACAGAUUUAUUUGCUGAAUGAAGCUAAAGAAAAAUGUCACAAGGAGAUAAGCACACAGAAGGAAAGACUCCAAGAUGGCAACUGUUUGCCUGAGUGGGAUGGGAUUAUUUGCUGGCCUGAAAGCCUCCCAAAUGAAAAGGUGGCAGUCCUGUGUCCGGACUAUGUCUAUGACUUCAACCAUAAUGGUCAUGCCUACAGGCACUGUGAUGUUUACGGGAACUGGCAAUUGGUGUCCAACACGAACAAGACUUGGGCCAAUUACACAGAAUGUGCCAUAUUCUUUGCCCUGGAACAACAGAAUCAAGAAAAGGAAGUGUUUGACCGCCUGCACAUCAUCUACACAGUUGGCUACUCCAUCUCCCUCGCCUCCCUUGUGGUUGCCAUGUGUAUCCUUUGCUACUUCAAGCGACUUCACUGCACUCGGAAUUACAUCCACCUCCAUCUUUUUGCCUCCUUCAUCUGCCGAGCGGUGAGCAUCUUUGUAAAGGAUAUAGUACUGUAUUCUACCUCACGACUUGAGGGGCUGCAAAAAGCACAGGGUGAUGAUGGGGACACUGAAGAUUUGAGCCUUGCUUUGGGAUCCAGGACCCAGCUAGCAGGCUGCAAGGUAGCUGUGACCAUCUUCCUCUAUUUCCUGGCUACCAACCACUAUUGGAUCUUGGUAGAAGGUCUCUACCUCCAUAGCCUGAUCUUCAUGGCUUUCCUCUCAAACAAAAGCUGCUUGUGGGCCCUUACACUCAUCGGGUGGGGGGUACCUGCCGUCUUCGUGUCGAUCUGGGCCAGCGUAAGAGCAUCGUUGGCUGAUACACAGUGCUGGGACCUCAGUGCUGGAAACAUGAAGUGGAUCUACCAAGUCCCCAUCUUAGCAGCAAUUGUGGUGAACUUUUUCCUCUUCCUCAACAUCGUGAGAGUCCUUGCAUCAAAACUGUGGGAGACAAAUGCAGGGAAAUUGGAUCCCCGCCAGCAGUACAGGAAGCUGCUGAAAUCCACCCUUGUCUUGAUGCCCCUCUUUGGUGUUCAUUACGUGGUGUUCAUGGCCAUGCCUUACACAGCUGUCUCCAGUGUCCUCUGGCAAAUACAGAUGCACUAUGAGAUGCUCUUCAACUCUUUACAGGGUUUCUUUGUGGCUUUCAUUUACUGCUUUUGCAACGGCGAGGUGCAAGCAGAAAUUAAAAAAGAUCGUUUCCGAAGAAACCUGGUACUGGACAUAAAGCAGAAGACCCGAGUCACCAGCACAGGCGGAAGCUGCUACUAUGGCGGCCAUGCCACCAACAGCGUCAGUCUGAGUAUGGCCAGCUGGGGGGUGGCCUCUGCAGCGGCUGUUGCCAUGCCUCUUGGUGCCAAAAUCUGGCUGCUGCAUCUUGCCCCCAGUGCCACUGCAGCAGAAUACACCCCUGCUUCCUCCACUUUGGAUAAUUCUCCAAGUCAGGAGAUGGUACAGAAGGCCCUUGGGGGAAACAUCAAUGGAGAUUUGGAGGGAAACCACUCCAGCUUGAAAAAAGAGCUAGAGACCAUGCUAUAAAAGGCG